CGGCUGGCCGAGGCCAGGAGCUACCGCGACCUUCCGCUGGAGGUAAGGGAGGGGACGACGCAGGAGCUUUACAAGCGCCUGCGAACUAUGGAGAUUGGCUGCUCGCAGGUGGGCGACCAGCGGCCGGUCAGUUCGGUCUGCUUCUCACCGGACGGGCAGCUCAUCGCCACCAGUUCCUGGUCUGGCCUCUGCAAGCUCUGGGCGGUGCCCUCGCUGGAGCACCGGCGGACGCUCCGAGCGCACAACGUCAACGCCGACAAGGUCACCUGGCAUCCGCAGGCCACCCUUUCCCAGGAUCCACAGGCGGUGAACCUCGCCAGCUGCGGCGUCGACGGCUCCGUCUUUCUAUGGGCCCUGGAGGGAGAGACUGAAGAGCCGCUGCACUCCCUAACCGGUCACGCCCCGCACCGAGUCGCCUCGGUGGCCUUCCACCCGGCGGGCACCCUCCUCGCCACCGCCUGCUACGACCACAGCUGGCGCCUGUGGGACCUGGGCGCCGGCGGCGGCCCCGAGGAGCUCCUCCACCAGGAGGGCCACUCCAAGGGCGUCCACGAUGUCGCCUUCCAGGGGGACGGGUCGCUGGCAGCCUCUGCGGGUCGGGACUCCUUCGGCCGGGUCUGGGACCUGAGGACCGGGCGGUGUAUCAUGUUCAUGGAGGGACAUCUCAAGGGCAUCAUCUCAGUAGACUUCAGCCCGAAUGGCUACCAGCUGGUGACGGGAAGCGAGGACAACACCGUCAAGAUUUGGAACAUUCGCCAACGUAAGCUGGAGUACACCAUCGCCGCGCAUACCAACGUGGUCAGUCGGGUGCGCUUCGACCGCAACACCGCCGGCGGCGCCUACAUCGCCUCCGCCUCCUACGACGCCACCGUAAAGCUGUGGGCGUCGCCGGCUUGGACGCCGAUCAAGACGCUGGCGGGACAUGACGGGAAAGUGAUGGGCGUGGAUAUGAGCUCCGGCGGUGGCGGCUACAUCGCCAGCUGCUCCUUUGAUCGGACCUUCAAGCUGUGGGAGCCGACGCUUGGUCACUGA